CAAAAGGUUAACAGAACGUCACUUCUACAACAUAGCCGAGGACCCGAAAGAACUAGGGAAACACCAAAAAGCAAGCACCAAAGAAACUACGUCCGAAUAGACACACACACUUGAAAUCAUGUGCAUCGUUCUAUUCACUACCGCGCAUCCGGAUUAUGCGCUGAUCGCCAUCGACAAUCGGGAUGAGUACAUCCUCCGCCCAACUUCACGGCCCAGCUGGUGGACCCACGCCACGUCUGGCCGUCCCGUCUUGUCUGCGCGAGACCUUCAGCGAGCGGAAAAGGGAACGUGGAUGGGAAUCACCAAGGAUGGUCUUUUGGCUGUGCUCACCAACUAUCGCGAGACCAAUAUUGAGGAUGUGAAGCACCCUAUUCACGCCGUCAAGAGCCGAGGCGGUAUGGUUACCGCCUGGUUGGGAGCCCCACCUGAGGAGAGCAUCACGGCCAGCGUCCACGAUCUGGUCAAGGAUGACGGCGUCAAGGGCGUCGGAGGUUUCUCCAUGGUAUGUGGAAAGCUGAGGAAGAAGAGUCAGGGUAUCGCCAUCGUCAGCAACCGGGCCGGCAACGUCGAGGAGGUGCCCAUUGUUGGCAAGGAGCGCGGUGAGAUUUGGGGCUUGAGCAACACGGCUUUCGACGACACAGGGAAGCGAGAUGAGUGGCCCAAGAUUGCCGACGGCAAGAGAAUGUUGCGGGAAGCUAUCGAUGAAGCCGUCUCCAAGGGAUCGAGCGAGGAUGACUUUAUUGCCAGCCUCUUUUCUAUCCUUGACAGCGACACGCUGCCGCAGAACGAGAAUGCCAGUCUCGUCGAAUACAUCAGCCAACUCAAGCACAGCAUCUUUAUCCCACUUAUCGGCGACGAAAAACAUCGGAAAGCGAUGGAAGAAGCCAUGUCAAAGGGAGCUGGUGAGUGGGCGUCUGACGACCAAGUGGCAGCAGAGGAGCUCAUGGUCGAAGGCCGACCGGAUCCAUCCACCAGCACCAUCAUGGGCUUCGAGACGGGAAUGUACGGAACCCAGAGACAGACUAUCGUAUUGGUCGACUGGGAAGGCAAGGUGACGAUGGUCGAGAGAGCGCUCUGGGACGGCAACGGCCAUGCUGUGCCUCGCGGCGAAGGCGAUGUCAAGUUUGAGUUUACGAUCGACGGAUGGGAGGAUGAGGCGUGCAACGGCAAAGCAUCUUUUCGAGCUGGACUAGAGAGCAGGAUGGCAUCUCGACCACGACUGUCAACCCCGGCCAAGGUCCUGGUCAGAGUCAAGAAGAAGCGUCCGACCAUCUCGGCACCAAUUGGUCCCAUCAAGAACUCCCGCGGCCCCGAUCUCACUCGCAGUGAGAACUUUAUGAUCGUCCCCGGUAUCAAGGAUUGUACCUCCGACGAGAUCUUUUGCGACAACGACGACGUCGAAGCAAAAAAAGCUGCGAGACGCAUCUCGGCCGGCUUCUCUGACCAUGGGUCCCUGGCCAGUCCCCCGACGGUCGCCAAGUCGGCUUUCAACGCCACGAGGACAUCCAGAAUCCCCUCAUCGAAGAACUCUCCUCCAAGUCUUGCGUCUUUGCGACAGACUUCCAAUGGCUCGUUGAUGACAAGCUUGAGCUAUAGCGGCUUCCCGAGUCUCGAAACGAUCGUCCAGGAUGAGAAUGACCCUCCCCUGGGCCACGAGGACUCGCCUCGCCUGAAGGAAACCCCCAAGCCGGCAAAGAGUCGUCUUCCCAAGUCUCGGACUAUGAAUGCUCUAAGCGAGCUCAAGAACUCCAUCUCAAAGCCGUCAUUGAACACAAGACAGACCGGUAUUCGUCUCCCCGGCAACCAAUCCCGUCAAGUGUCUUCAUCAUCGUCCAUGUCGAUCAAAAUCUUCAGCUCGAGCUCCUCACGUCUUCGCCUGCCUCGCCCCUCCUUGACGUCUCUCUCCCGCCGAUCCAGCGGCUCGAGCACUCUUACGAACCAGGAGCCCCCUGAUCCUCGAAAGGUUAGCACAGCGCAGCCAUCAGAGUACUGGUCUGGUCGCUUCGUUUCCCUCAACGAUCGUUUCGCAGCCGAAGAAUUUGAGAAGGACAUGGCAGCUUUGCCCAUCUUACCUCCAUCUGAGCCUCCUCAGAAGCAACCCAUCAAGCCUGACCGCGCUGCUGCCAAUUAUCGACCAACUCACCUCUCGCACUCCACAACCACAUCGGCGCUGACUGCUUUGAUGUCGUCAAAGACAGAAGAAUCUCUCGAAGAUGAUGAAGACGCUCGAUGUAUACGAAUUUUCCGACACCUUGAUUGCCUCUGUUCGACUAAUGAGGCUCGUCGUUCGCUGCGAGAUUGGCAGCAAACAUACGCCCGUCGGAUGGGGAAGCCUGGACUGCUUCCCAAAGGAGGUCGAAUGGAAGAUCAAACUCUCAUGGGAAAAAUUCUCAGUAACUUACCUCGAAAGAACGAUAGACGAGUCUUGUCUGCGAUGCGCGAGGCUCCGAAUGUGCAGGGUGCGAGAAAGCCCAACGCUACUGUCGCAGGACGCAAGAAGAGGUUGACCAUCAGUUGA